ACAUCCGUCCUUCAGCAGUGUUUUGUGUCAGGUUAGAAGAAAUCUAUAGAGGAGUGGGUGUCAGGAUGAUCACUCUCAUGGUGGAUUUUAUGAGGCUCACUCCUGGCGACAACUAGAUUAUCUAACUAUUGUGUUCUUGAAUGUACCACUCUGAAUGUCUCUGAAUGUACCACUUAUUCAAAGUUGGCUGCCUAACAUCAUGGAUUAUAUGUUGGUUUUCCAUCUGAUGUUUGGCAUCAUCUCCGGUGGACAUAUUCACACAGUGAUGCCAGAACGAACUAACGAUUCCCAAAAAUGUUACGCUACAUGCCCAGCUGGGUACUACAAACGUGGUCUUUGCGGUGGCUCAGCUGGGAAUUAUUCAUGUGAAAGAUGCGGCGAAGGGACAUACACAGCAAUAGAAAACUCUGAAGAACAAUGCCAUAGGUGUUCGUCAUGUAACUCGUUUGAAGUUCAAGCAGAAGAGUGCGUCUCUGACAGAGACACAAAAUGUGUCUGUAAAGAUGGAUAUUACAAAAACAGCAGUGAAGCCAAAGAAUGUUAUCCUUGCAAAAACGUUUCUACGGAUGGACGCGAGAAGUGGGAGAUCUUUCAAAAAGAGUGUCUGGUCCAUUCAGAUUGCAAGAGGAAGUGUGAAGGAUCUUUCACUUCACCCAACACCACAGCGACCACUAUACUCACAGCAGUAUCUCCAACAAGCAGUCAAGAAAAGGACAACCUGGUGGUGUGGCUGCUGGCCGUGGUGGCGGCAGUGCUGGUGGUGGUCGUUUGGCUCCUGCUGCUCUUCACAAAGAACAUGCUCCGAAAGGACGGCUGCUGUCUCUGCUGGACUGCACAGAAGAAUUUGGCUGUUGAGGACCCCAAGUGCAAAGAACAACUCAGUCAUCAAGACAGCAGCCUGACCACGCUGACAAUUAAGGUAUGUGAGGAAACUCCCAUGAUGCCUCUCAAUCAAAGUCCAACCCAUCCGGCCCUCACAAGUCGUCCGUUACCAGACACUGAUCACACAGUUUCCAGACCUGAAGAGCUGUCCGAUCGCUGGCCGGCCAUCGUCCUCUAUACCAUCAUCAAGGCGGUGCCUCUGCGCCGGUGGAAGGAGUUCCUGCGGCUGCUCUCUGUGGCGGACCAAGACAUGGAGCGAGUGGAGCUGGAGGCUGGCCCGGGUCAGGGAUUCACGGAGAGGCAGUACCAGAUGCUGAGGCUGUGGAGCCAGCGCUCGUCUGCGAGCAUGGGAGAGGUUUUCUCCACCUUGCACUACAUGAAUCUGUCCGGCUGCGCCCAGCUGCUGCAGGAGAGCCUGGAGAAACUGCCGCGGAGAUGUGAGACAAAGCAAGAUUCACUGACCUGCGAGGGUCCGACAGACUGCGGUUCAAAUGGAGCAAUGCAGGGCAAGAAUGGCAUAAACAUUGAAUCCCUCAAGUAGUGAUUACAAGCUUUAUCACGUUCUGCGAUGGUAUUCAGGUCUUCAUAUAGGAGAUGAUGCAGCUUGGAGCAUAAAGAGACUCCCUCACGCCUGACGUCUGCCGAUGUGCGUGCAAUGAUCUGGACGUCUGCUGAAUGAGGAGAAAUGAAUCAAACCAUGACAAAAGAAAAUUCCCUUGUUAUGACUGUGUGCUACAGUCAGAGAUUCCUUUAACACACAACCUCACCUCCAGUUUUUUGUGAUUGUCAUGCAAAGACAGAAGGAGCUGUGGUUUCACUGCUCCAAUGGAAAUAUACUCUAUGACUGUAUAGAGGCUCACUAUGGAAAUUGUACAGUAUUUUUUUAACUAACUAAAGACAUCCUCAACUCGAAUUUCUGAAUAAAUAUUUUGUGAAUGUUUGUGAAGCCUG